AUGUAUCAAGACCCCGGUGGCACCAACAACAGCAUCAGAUCUGACUUUUGGAUCCCCACCCACCCUCUGCAGCUACUUCAGUCACCUCUGGACAAGAGAAAUGGUCACCUAUUCCUAACCACCAUCCGAAAUACCCUACUCCUCCCUUCUUUUCUUUCUUUUAUUUCUUUUUUCCAGAUUGUCACACCAGAUUGUUACGAUGCGGACGACCGCAAUAUUAAUAGCAGCACGACUGCUCCAGAUCUCAUAUGCAACGCCCACGGGCUCCAACCAGCAGCAACUCCUGCAGGCGCCAUUGGAGGACCUGGCAAAUUCACACCACCCACAACCAGCAUCGAGACGAUUGCAUGGCCGCUUCCUCCACAUAACCGGUACCAUGGAAAUGCGAGAUCUCUUAUCUUGUGCGAUGCUAAUGACAUCCCAGACUUGCACCCGGACAUUCACUACAAGCCGCGCUCGUCGACCGACGAAGAAGAUGCGUGUCAUCGUGGGAAGGGGCCCGCGGGGUUCUAUGGCGCGGAGACAUCCGAUUGCGAUAGUCCGUACAGUCUCGUGAACGCGACGUUUAAAUGGAUCGAGGAGAAUGUCAAAGAUACGAUCGAUUUUGUGAUAUGGACGGGCGACUCGGCGCGACAUGAUAGUGAUGAGGAUAUACCGCGAAAUCAAGACGAGGUGCUAGACACCAAUCGAUGGGUUGCGAAGCUGUUUGCGGAUACCUUUAAAGCGGAUGCCGGGUCUGAGAAGGCGUUGUCGAUUCCGAUCGUCUCGACGUUUGGAAAUAAUGAUAUCCUGCCGCACAAUAUCCUGCUCUCGGGGCCAAAUAAGUGGUUGAAAUCUUAUACGGAUAUCUGGAGCAAGUUUAUACCCGAGGAACAGAGACAUGGAUUCGAACGCGGGGGCUGGUAUUUUGUGGAGGUUAUUCCGAACAAAUUGGCCGUUUUUAGUUUGAAUACGUUGUAUUUUUUCAAGAAUAAUGCGGGCGUUGAUGGUUGCACUUUACGUUCUGAGCCUGGGUUUGAACAUUUCGAGUGGUUGCGGAUCCAGUUGCAAUUCUUGCGAGAAAGAGGCAUGAAAGUUAUGCUCAUGGGCCAUGUUCCUCCGGCGAGAACGGAUAGUAAGGCUCUAUGGGACGAGACUUGUUGGCAAAAGUACACGCUAUGGCUUCGACAGUACCGUGAUAUCAUCGUUGGUGGACUCUACGGCCAUAUGAACAUUGAUCAUUUCAUGUUACAGGAUACCAAGCAAAUCACCAUUUUGGGAGAUGAAGGGGCAUCUACCGCUGAUGAAGACCGCGACAUCAUGGAUGAUGAACUUUCCAUUGAAUCUGCGAAUGAUUAUCUUGAGGAGUUGCGUCAGAAUUGGUCAGACUUGCCGAACCCUGCUUCGGCUUUGAAGGAUCCAAAAUCUGUCAAGCACAGCGGGAAAUCAAAAAAGGGCAAGGGCAAGAAAGGAAAGGGUGGAAAGGGAAAGAAGUCCAAGAAAGAUAAGCUUCUUGAUAAAAUUGGUGGUCCUUGGGGAGAGAGAUUUCAUGUCACGAAUGUUGGGCCGAGUGUAGUGCCGAAUUACUUUCCGACUAUCCGUAUUGUCGAGUACAACAUUACGGGCCUUGAUGGUGUUACUCUCUGGGCGGACACCAAGGUGAUUUCGAAGGAUACGACGGAGGCGGAUUGGCUUGAUGAGGAGGCACCAUUGGAUGUGAUGGAUUCUGAUGAGGAAAUCGAAGAGGAACUUGAGAAUGAUGAAGAGACGACCAGCCAGGACCUUGACGACGAGGAAACCUCUUCUAAACACAAGAAGAAGAAGUCUAAGCACGGCAAAAAGAAGCGAAAACACGGCAAAAAACCAACAGACCCCAAUCUCACCGUCCCCCAAGCCCCAACAAAGGGCACACCACCUGGCCCAGCCUACUCCCCUCAAUCUCUGACGCUGCUCGGUUACACUCAGUAUUUCGCUAAUCUGACGGCUAUUAAUAACAUGACGCUCGUUGAAUCGGACGAUGAUGAAAUUGACGAGGAGAAAUGGCGAAAAGGCAAACAUGAGGGUAAACACCCGAAGAAUAAAGUGCCGCAUCCGAAGCCUUUUGCGUUUGAAAUCGAGUAUAGCACGUUUAACGAUACCGUGUUUAAGUUGAGGGAUAUGACUGUGAGGAGUUAUAUCAGAUUGGCGCAUCGCAUUGGACAGUAUAGGCCGGGGAAGGGGGAUUCGAUUGAGGAUGUUGAGGGGCAGGGCGAGGACUUGGAGUGGAGUGAUGAGAUUGGGGACGAGGAGCCGAGCGAUGACGAAGAUGAAAUGAAUGAGUCUGAUGAGCACAACGAAGCCGAAGAUGAAGACGAAGAUGAUAGCGACGACGCAGAAGACGACGACGUAGAAACGGAUAAACAUAAGAAAAAGCAUCAUAAGAAGAAGCACCAUAAGAAGAAGCAUCACCACAGGAACGAGAAGAAUAAGGUCUGGUUGACCUUUAUCCAACGCGCUUUCGUGGGGACGUUGGGCAAGGAUGAGCUGGAGAGUUUUGACGGGGUUGGUGAUGUGGAUGAGGUUGUCGGGGAUGGGAGGCAUUCUGGGGAGUUAUGA